AUGCGCGUGAACGAGGUGCUGGUAAAUCUGGUAUGUUGUUUGGCGGCUGUGCUUGGUAUACCGGCGAAUGUGUUCGUUUUGGCUGCCAUUUUUUACUUCCGGAAAAUGCGAACCAUAUCCAAUAUCUAUAUUGGAAAUCUAGCCGUAGCCGAUUUGCUGUUUCUUGCUGGAACACCGAUCGUCAUUACACAGUCUAUUACAAAGGACUGGACCUUUGGCAUUGUAGUGUGCAAAGGAUUUGUAGCUGGAAACGGAAUCUCGCAAUUCGCAUCGGCGAUGUUCAUAGCAGUACUGUCGAUGGAUCGGUUUCUGGGUGUAUGUUAUCCGAUUCGGUCAUCCAUGCUACGAACACGACGUGCUGCAGCUAUUGUCGCCAUUCUCACCUGGGCUAUCGUCGUACUCGAAAUCACACCACUUUUCAUGUUCAUCAAACUCGUAAAAAAUUCAAGUACGAUGCAUUACAGUUUUUGCCUAUUUUUCCAAACGUCUUUAUUCUCUGCAACGUUUGAUCAAGUCGAACAAAUGCACUUUUGUUCAACAAGACUCUUCAGAUUCUUCACAACCUACACAUUUACACUGAGUUAUCUAAUUCCACUGAAUGCAAUUUGGAUUUUCUACGCAAAAAUCAUUCGCAAACUUUGGAGACGACGGCAACAAACGCAACAUAAGCACAAAAUUUCCAGACGAAAAACUACAAAGGUUACUAUUAUGGGUCUUUCUAUUGUUAUCUCAUAUACACUAUGCUGGUUACCGUAUUGGCUUAUUCAGUGGAACUUAUCAAUUCUCACGUGUGCGUCAUAUGCAGCAUUCGCACUUCUCUACAUAAAUCGAGCUGUAAACCCCUUCAUAUAUGUGUUCUUUUCGGAGUCGUUUAAAAGGAAUGUAGGUUUUAUUGUUCAACAGGUGUAA